GGGAGGGGCUCACUAGCUCAGCUAGCUCAAGCUCAAGGGUCAUCAGAGUGUCAAGACUAGCCAACAAGCCAUCCAAGAAGACAUCUCUGGUUAUAUAUUGAACAAUACAUCAUUGGAAAGAUUAUCGAUCGAGACUAUUACUGAAAAGAUGGCCCGUAUUAAAAUAAAGGUCAACAUUUCUGUCCUCCAACAGCGCACAAAGUCCAUGAACAUCAUCAUUGGAUCUGGAACCACUGCUCACAGUGUAGUGUGUAAGGUGCUGGAUAAGUGCAACAGCCGAGACCCCCCGGGGAGACUGCAGCUGUGGGCAAUCAUGAGUAGAGGGACCCCCCAUGAACAAAACGAACAAUUGCUACAAGACAGGGACACCUUGUCUAACUUGAUCACAGGAGACAACGCUCAGACGAUUAUAUUCAGUCUCAAGUAUAAGUCCACCCCACCCCCUGCUACUGGGCUCGUGCGAGUGUAUCAUCAAAUCGAUCAAAAUUUCGAAACCUUCCAAAGCUUGAUUAUAUCUCCGGGUAUGACAACAAGUGAUGUCAUACAGCUUGCUCUCGCUCGGAUGACGCUGGAUGAGUCACAUGAGAUGUCAUGUGAUCAGUUUGAGUUGGUGCAGAAAACAGCGGAAGGAGAACGAGUGAUUCAAGAUGGAGAUCAUCCCCUCAAAAUGGCCCGCAAAGAUUGCCGAUUGUUUUUGAGAAAGAGAAUGAUACCGCAACAAACUAUAAAAAGAACUGAUAAUCCCUUAGUAACGACCUUAGUAACAACGGGAGAUUCUAAAUCACCCCCUCUUGCUGAAACAACCGCUCAUAAUUUCUCGACAGAUUCUGAGCCAGUUACUAUUAUGUCAUCCUCCUCAGAAGUCGAUUAUAUCUCGGAGGCUAGUCUGGGGAAGGGAAGAGUACAGCUGCAUUCUGAAUUGAUCGAAGCUCUUCGUAACCUAGCUACCAAGUUAGAGUCCAGGCCUGAGGGCGGUUGCACGAUUAUGAACAAAGAGAGGGUUCUAGAGCAAGCAAUCGUUGAGCAAAGCCAAAUCCUCGACAUAAUGCAAGGUCUGAUUGCAUCUUUGGAGACGGAAAACAAAUCGUUUCGAGACAAGAUAAACGUGCAAGGAAGAACAAUUCUUGAACUAGCCAGCUGGGAGGCAAAAGCAAAAAAGGCCGAGAGACAAUUAAGUGAACUCACCGGGAAUAUUGAACCCUCUAUGAACGUCUCUAAAUACAAGAAAUCUUUGGCAGAGAAAGAUAAAUUGAUUUCCGACCUUCGAUCGCAAUCUUCCGUAUCUGUCAACACUAGACUAGCCGCAGUGCAAACUAACCUCGAGCGAGAAAGAGUCAGAAGGAUUGAACUGGAACAGGAGCUAUCGGCAAAACGAGAAGAACUUAUCGAACUAAAAAAAGAAUUAUCUUCAAGGCAAUCUGUUCUUAUCAAUAAAGAAUCUGAAGUAUUGCAUCUUCGUCACGAGAUGAAGUCCGCAAAGAAAUUCGAGUCACAGCAACAAGAACUGGCACUACAACAAAGAACAGCUUUGACUGAUAAAGACUCUCAACUGACAGCACUAACACGAGCUCUGAGCGAGGAGAAAAAACUCAGCCAGCAAAUGAGAAAGAAGCAAUUUAUAGACUCGAGGAAUAUUUCAAAAGUGGGAGACUCCAAUCGAUGCACUGACGACCCCUUGACCCCUUGCUUAUUCGAACAGGUACUCGGACGUCAUAUCACAGCUGUAGAGAUUACCAAACCCGCCGAAGACACAGAUGUCGGAUUUAGCUACUCAAAGAUAGAACUACCCAUAUCUUCAAGGCUAUCGUGUCUCGUUGUCAAGGCUGUUAAACAAGGAAGUAUUGCCUCGGGGAAGAUCAGGUCAGGUGAUGAAAUUUUAGAGAUUAACGGCAUUUCCUGUCGAGGACUGCAUCAAGAAAACGCUACAGGAUUUUUACAGAAAAGGAAAGGCAGAAUACAGAUUGUAAUCGCUCGAGACCACGACCCGUCACUGGAUAUAAUACUACACAGCACGCCAGCAAAGCCAAAGCGUGGCGGUGAUGGAGGAACUCGUUGGGCAACUUCUCUACCCGAAGAAGAUGAAACAAUGUACCAGAGCUUCACAGCUACUGUAUCGUCUAUUGCUAACUCUGAAACUGAAGGUAUCGAGUUCGUUUCAGUCCCCAGCCCUGACCACACCCUCUCCACCACGGACCACACCAGCCCUGACCACACCCUCUCCACCACGGACCACACCCUCCCCACUAGCGAAGCAAUCCCAAGACUUGGUGAGGGAACUGCAUACGAAAGCCUGCAAUUGGAAAUUACCGAUUUACAAGAUCAACUGGACGAAUCUAAACAUGCGUGUUUGGAACUGGAAAAUGAAUUCGACGAAUGUCAUUCUGAAAUGGAAAGUGUACGAAUGGAAUGUGAUCUGGUCAAAGCCGAGAACUUUGAACUCCAGCAACAAGUUUCAACGUAUGAGGAAGAAGUGGCUCAAAUACAGCCGAACAUUGUCGACCUACAAUCGCUAUUGGUAACGCUACAAAACCAAGCAACGGACGAACAACAGAGAACAGCAUCGUACGAGAAUAUGAACAAACUGUUGACACGAGAAUUGGAGGUGACAAAAGAGAAAUGUGAAGUUGCUCGCUCGGAGGCUAAUACUGCACAACAAGAGUUGGAGAAAAUAAAAACAGCUUCUUCCGAAAAGGAACUAUCUGAACUGAAAUGUUUUGAAGAACUGAAACAAUUGAAAUCUGAAAGUACUCAACUUAGAUCAGACAUUACCACCAAAGAAACAAACAUUGAUGAACUGACUUCUAAACUUGUUACGAAAACCUCAGAAUACGAGCAAUCUUUAUCAGACAUGACAUCUAGGUUGGUACGAGUAGAAGGCGAACUUUCUGUAGUGACAAAAGACUCGCAUCAGUCAGCUGCGUCCGUUAAAUGUGAUCACGAGAAAACUUUGUCUCAAUUACAAACAGUGAAGAACUUAUUAAUAGAAGCCGAACGAAAAGAGAGUGAAACAAAGAUUCGAUUGAGAUACCUGGAGCAGGCAGCUGAUGCCGCUAACAAACAGCUGGCAGAAUCAGAUACCAAGAAGCGGGCGAUUGAAAAUGAGUUAAACGGCUACAAAGGAGAAGUAGAAGCUAUAAGUUUGAACAGCAAAUCUCUCAGUCUUGGUCUAAGACACACCCAGGCAAAACUUGAAGCCAAAGAACACACGUUGAGUCGUCUGCAAAAUGAAGUUGAUGAUCUCCGUGGAAACGCCGCCAAACUCAAUAACGAACUAUCACGGCUUAGAACGGAGAAUAAACGGCUUGAAUCGUCCCUAAAAUCUGCUGAGUCAGAGCAAGUACGAUUGGAACAAAAACUACGAAGCUCACACUCGGAGAAAGAUUCUCUCUUCCAAGAUCUUGAAAACGCCAUUGAUGAAUCAACUCAAUUACAGCAGAGAGUUGAGGACAUGGAGAAGCUCAAUAAAGAAAUGCAAUCUACAGGUGCUCUAAAAGUUGAACUAGAGACAAGCUCGAAGGAAAACGCUAGAGAUUUGGAAAACAGUAAAAAGAAAGUCGAAGUACUUAAACAGCAAUUGUCACAGUCAAAAGAAGAGUAUGUGUCAUUGGAAAGAUCUCUUGAAGCAUCACAAAGAGAAGUAAGUAACUCUAGAGCUGAUUGUGAUUCACUAGUGGUAGCCAAAGAAGAAAUGGAGAAGAAAGCAAGUGAACUGCAGGGGACAGUUGAUGUACUCACGGAAAAACUCCAUCAGAGCGAACAAAAUUCUUCUGAAUUACAACUAACCUGUUCCAAACUUGAACAAGAAACAAAAAUUGAAACGGAAGACUCGGCAAAAAUGAAGUCGUCUCUUCAAGAUGAAGUUCGUUCUUUACAGAGAGCCAAAAAGCAGAGUGAAGAUAUGGCAGCUUCAAUGGACUUCAUGUUGAAACAACAGCAAUCCAAGCUCGAUGACACGCAAUCCGACCUCAAGAAUAAACAAGAGAAUAUUAAGAAUUUAAAGGAAGAGCUGGAAAACCUUGCUAACCAAUUAACAACGAAAACAUCCGAACAAGAAUCGUCCGAGGAACAACUGAACAUUACUAUACAGAAAUUGGACGAGAGUAAACGAGACAUGUCCGUAUUACAUGAACAAGGCAACUCUUUAACUUUGGAUGUAACUAAACUGAAGGAGGAACUACAAAAAGCCGUGGUCAGCAGUGCUGAGUAUCAAACUUUCUCCUCUCAGCUACAAACAACGCUAGAUGAAGUUAACAAAGAAAGAAAUCAAGUUCAAAAGCGUCUCGACGAAUCGCUUAGAGAAGGCCAAGAAGUAGACAAGCUCAAUAAACAAUUAAAUGGUCACGUUUCAAGAUUAAAGGCGGUCAUUGCAGAACAAGAAGGAGCGAGUAAUUCUUUAAGUUCUGAGUCAGCCCGACUCAGGAACCAACUGAGACAGAGUGAGAGGGAAGUAGACAAACUCUCGGCACAAGUACAAGCAGCUGACAUUAAUUUGGAGGUUGCCCACAGAACCUUGGAAACGGAACGCAAACAGUUCACCGAGUAUAAGGAGGCGGCUGAAUAUGUGCAGCAGCUGUGUAAAGAGACCCAGGAAAAGUUAGAUGAUGCAAUGGUUAAAAUACAACGAACCUCUUUGGAACUUCACUCGUGUAAGGAAGAGAAAGCGAAACUGAAAGUGACUCUGGAUCUACGACAGAAAGAGUGUACCCAACUUCAGCAAUCUUUAGUGGAGGCUCAGGCAGCUGUGAGCACACUAAAGACACAGAUCAACGCUUUACAGUCUCAAAACAAUGACCUCUCGCAAACUGUGGACCAGCUUCAAGAAUGUCAGAAAGAGAUACAAUCGUCUGUUUCAGCCUCUGAGAAGGAACACACGGAACGCCUCAGGGCAGAGAAUGAAAGUGUGUCUCGUUUGAGCGAGGAAAUAGGAGAACUGAAGCGGAACGAAACCAGUCGUCUGGACAAGAUAAGAAUACUUGAGAGAUCACUCGCGGAAGCAAGAAGUAAUGUGGAACAAUUAUUGGCAGCACAAGAAGCUCUGAAGAAGUCUUUGAGCGUUCUUGGUAACGAGAAAGAGGUGGAGAUUCUGCGACUGACCAGCGAGAUUGCAGACCAAAAGAUGAAAAAUGGUGAUGUUCUGAAGCAACUAGAUGUCGCAAAGAAAAGUGAAAUUUCACUUGAAACAAGUUUGAAAAAGCGUGAGGACACAAUGGAGACUGAGAAGCAAAAAAUGGCAGAAAUGGUAAAAGAGAACGAUCGACUAACCCAGGAAGUGGGCAUAUUGAAAUCAACAGAAGUUGAAUUAUCUGAGCUGCAUUCCAAAAUAGGCGCCUUGGAGGAUAAUCUCCGCACUAAGACUAACAAGUUAGCUGAUGCUUCACAACAAGUUGGAGAUCUUGAACUGAAACUGAAAACUGCCGACGAAGCUAUUAGCGAGCACCAAUCAAAUCUUUCUGAACUAGCCAGAGUGAAACUGGAACUAGUUGAAAACUCGAUUGAACUAGAACAACUUAAAAAGCAAUUUAGAGAAGAAACUAAAAUUCGUACAGAGCUAGAGACGGAGCGUGAUCAUCUACUUACUGUUUUACGAAAGUUAGAGGUUGAGAAACACACUACCGUUGUCCAGCCGUCCACCCCCCAGCUCCCUAGGGCGGAGUCUGGCAAAGAGAUUGAUGUGAACAAGCUCGUCCAGCUGCUCAAGGACAAGGAGGAGGAGUCACAGAGACUGGGGGAAUAUGUGUCCAAGCUGCUCUCUAAUGUGGUGGAGAAGGCACCAUUCAUUCUGGAGAACUUCAGUUAAACUAUUAGGAUUAUGGAUUGAACGCACGCAUUCUAUUUUCUGUGUGUAUGUGUUAUCAACGGUUUUUUAUAUAUAAUUAUGGGGCUCAUGGUAUGCCCAUGCAGUAAUUUCCCUCGUGCUUUAUAUUUUGAUUUAUAUGACACUCUUCUGCACUUAAUUAAAGGCUAACCCUUUUUUAUCCUCUCCACUAAUAUCGUUUUUAUUGCCUUAUAAUAAUUCUUACAAUUAUGUUUCUAAA